GUGGAGCUCAGGGUCCUGGCAGCUGGCUGCCGUCCAGCCCACUCCACAGCAGGGCUUGGGGUCUGGGCAGCCAGCUGCUGCCUGGCUCCCCACACAGCAUAUGUGGCCCAUAAUGAUAAAUAGGUUGAGAACCACUGGUCUAGAUACUCACAUCCCAGCUGUAUCUACUUCUUGCUGGUUCUUCCUGAAUUAUGUCUUUAAGAUCCACCAUAUAGAUAAACUUCACCUUAUCUCAUGUCUCAACUGUAAGUUCCUCCUCUCUGGUCUUGAGAAACCACUUUUUGUUCCACUUAUGUUCAUUCAAAGCACUGCUGUAAAAAUCAUUUACUUGUUUUGUCACUUUGACCAUUUCCUCCUCUGCAUCCCUCCAGUCUCUUCCCCAUCUCCACUGCAUCAAACACUAUUUUUCUUCCCUUUAAAAGGCCUUCAUGGCCUAGCUUCACUCUUAUCUGUCAUCUCAUAUACACUUUUGAGAUGUGACUAUUGCCUGUGUUUUGCCAGUGAUUCCAGCUUUCAUUGCCCAUUUGCUGAAAUUGUCAGUUUUCCAAGAAUACCUUUGCACUUUCUUCCAUGCUGCCUGUAUCAGCGUAUUGGCUUUUGCCUCCAUUUAAGCUACCCCUUCCUUGAAUUAACUUCUUUCACACAGCUGGAGGUGGAGGCUGCCAGAUUGCAUUUUUUUUUUAAAUGCAGCCUCAGGUUUCCUGUUUUGCCUUAUUUUGAGCUCUUUCGCUCAACAGCCUGAUUCAAACUCCUUGCCAUACACCUCAUCUUGGCAUGGAUGUAAGCAAGGCAGAAACCUCUGUGGCUGAAAUGAGUGAAGAAAUAAUCUAUACUUCUGUACGAUUUUCACAGACACCGCCAGUUUGUGCCAACGAUGUUGUAACAAAUAGAGCUCCCCAGCACGGGUCAUCUGGCCUAUACAGCUUGGCUGUCGGUGUUGGGACACUGAUUGCCCUCAUGGUGAUUGCAGUGGUAGUUUGGAGGAUUGAUAGCUCCUGUCCUGGAUGCCCUGACCAGUGGUUUGGUUACAGGAGCAGCUGUUACUUCUUUUCCAAGAUGAAAAAGGAUUGGAAUUCCAGCCAGGCAUCCUGUUCUGCAGAAGGAUCACAUCUCUUGGUGAUCAAUGAUGCCAAGAAAAUGCACCUGUUCUUGGGAAUGCACAUAGAUUACCACUGGAUUGGUCUGAGGAACAGCACAGGCAGUGGCUGGACCUGGGAAGACGGCUCAAAACUCAACAAUACAAAGGUCAUCUCUAACAGCCCCGUGCAGCACUGUGGCGUCCUGGUGAAGGGUGCUCUCCAGGCCUCCAGCUGUGCAGUUGAUUUCCCAUGGAUCUGUGAGAAAUCCCCCAAGUAACCUUCUCCUGCACUUUCCCACAGAAUAGUCUUCACUCACACCCGGCCAAUGGAUCUGGACCCCAGCAGUGCAUCCAGACGUGCCUAAUCCUUGUUCCCAGUGGGGCCAGGCUGCUGAUGCUCCUAGUAGGAGGUUUGUGUCACCAUUGCCCUCUGUUGAAAUUGCACAGCCAUGUAGGAGACUGAAGUCUGAUUCAUGGACUUUCAGCUCCCUGAAGCUGGAGCUCUGAGGGUGAGUUCUGUGCAGAAAACCUAGAUCCAUUUGCAGUCCUCAUCUUUCAGGGCUGGGAGCAUAGCAGAGACCUGCUGACAUUAUCUUUGUUGCCAUGGAAAAGACCCGAAUAUGAUUCCCAGUCUUAGUCUUUCUCACUCUGCCCGAGUGCCUAGGUUAUUAGUGUGACAGCAGCUGGGCCCAGUGACCCCAUAGGGUUACACUUCUGUGUUGAGCGACAGUCCUGUGGCACCUUAUAGACUAACAGAAGUAUUGGACAUGAACUUUUGUGGGUGAAUACCCACUUUGCCAGCAUGAGGUUGAUGGAUUUCCACUCCAUACGGCUAAAUGCAGUGCCUUGCAUAGUGUAAAGUACUUCUGUGUUGCUGAGCAGAUGAUAGACUUUAUUUUCAGUCCACGUUUCUCAUUUAUCUGCCUCUACUGAAUUUUUCUCUACUUGCUGUGCAGUAAACUGGCUUCCAUUCUGCUCCCAAAAUCUGUUUCUCAUUUGUGCCCCAAGACCAGGAGUGCUUUGAAGGGAACAGAGGAAGGUGAAAUGAGAAUGGGUGACCUUUGUCAGCCCAGAAGUGAAAGUAAACUUCUAACUCCAAUAGCUGAGGUGACACGUGGGGCGGGGGUGGGUGGGUGGUGGAAAUGGGUAAAUG